AUGCUGUCUCUCUUGCUGCUCCUCUCAGGGCUGGGCCGGCUGACCUCCGCGGGCCAUCACACUGAAACAUCACUUCUACAAAUUACAGUGCCACAGAAGACUGGGACAAACACCAGUGACGGCGGUGUUUCAGAAACGCAUGUCACCUAUGCCAUCAAAAUUGAUAGGAAAACAUACACUCUCCACCUUGAAAAACAGUCAUUUUUAGACUCUCAUUUCCUGGUAUAUUCAUACAACAAGUCAGGGAUAUUGCAUCCAGAUUCUUCAUUUGUAAAGGGCCAUUGCUUUUAUCAAGGAUAUGCCACAGAGAUUGCAAAUUCGGUUGUGACACUUAGCACCUGCUCUGGACUCAGGGGAUUAUUGCAGUUGGAGAAUGUCAGUUAUGGAAUUCAACCAUUGGAAUCUUCAGCUACAUAUGAGCAUAUGCUUUAUCAGAUAAAGGAUAAUGAAAUUGAUUUUCCCCCCAUAGCAGAAAAUAAUUCUACAACCCAAUUGGCAGAUCAGUCCUACAAAAUUCUUGUGAAAUCAGAAAAAAAUUCUGGUGUACUGUUGAAAAGAGUUCUGAAAAUACAAGUCAUUAUGGAUAAAGCCUUGUAUGAGUAUAUGGGCUCUGAAGUGGCACUUGCAUCUGAGAAAGUUGUCCAUAUCUUUAGUCUCAUCAACACUAUGUAUUCUCAGCUUAACGUGUCUGUUACGUUAACUUCUCUGGAGCUCUGGUCAGAUCAAAAUAAGAUUUCAACUAAUGGGGAUGCUAAUGAAGUUCUACAAAGAUUUGUGUCAUGGAGAGAAAAAUUUUUAUUUCAAAGGUCCCAUGAUAUGGCAUACUUAUUAAUUUAUAGGGACCAUCCUAAUUAUGUAGGAGCAACAUAUCAUGGAAUGGCAUGCGAUCCAAAGUUUGCUGCAGGAAUUGCUCUGUAUCCAAAGAUGAUAACCUUAGAGGCAUUUUCAGUUGUUUUGGCACAGUUGCUUGGAAUUAACCUGGGAUUAACAUAUAAUAAUGACAUCUACAAUUGUUACUGUCCAGGAACUACAUGCUUAAUGAAUCCUGAAGCAAUACGUUCCCGUGGUGUAAAGUUUUUUAGCAGUUGCAGCAUGGAUGAAUUCAAACAUACAGCUUCACAGCCUGAAUUUGAAUGUCUUCAGAAUCGAACAGUUUCAGAAGUGGUUCCACAAGGAAGAGUUUCAGUUUGUGGCAAUGGAGUUUUGGAACCGCCAGAGCAAUGUGAUUGUGGUGGACCAGAGCACUGCUCUCAUAAAAAAUGCUGUGAUGCUCUAACAUGUUUUCUGAUUGGAGAUGCAGAGUGUGGUACAGGACCAUGCUGUGACAGAAAAACUUGUCAGAUAGCUGAAAGAGGACAUGUAUGUAGGAAAAGCACGGAUAUGUGUGAUUUUCCAGAAUUUUGCAAUGGGAUAGCUGAGUUUUGUGUACCUGAUAUGAAAUCUGCUGAUUUAGAACUGUGCAAUAAUAAGACUGCCUUUUGCUAUCAAGGAAUAUGCCAAGAUACAGAUAAACAGUGUGCGGAGUUGUUUGGAAAAUUUUCGAAGGGGGCUUCUGCUCUAUGUUCACAAGAAGUGAAUAUGCAUACAGAUGACUUUGGAAACUGUUAUGGUCGUUUUUGUAAUUAUCGGGAUGUCUAUUGUGGAAAGUUAGUUUGUCUCUGGACACGUACAGAAGUAGUGCCAUUUAAAAAUUUUGAUACUCAGUAUACUUUCCUUGGAGGCAUUGUGUGUCUAAGUGCACAUCUAAGAAAUUCGACACCAAUAACCUUCCGAGACGAUUAUACCUAUGUAAAGAAUGGCACUAUGUGUGGUCCAAAUCAGUUUUGUAACAGAGGAUCUUGCACAGACGUCACUGUCAGCUCAGACGCAACUUGUAUCUCCAAAAUAAAGUGCCAUGGACAUGGGGUUUGCAAUACUCUCCAUAACUGUCACUGUGAUGUUGGAUAUGCUCCUCCACAAUGUGAACCAACGCCUUCGUCACCAGGAGGAAGUAUCAAUGACGGGUUUUGGCUUACGUCAGGUAAAAGUACAGACAUGUUGGUAAAACGACGUGGUGCUUCUCGAAAAAAUGGCCUUGUGAUCAGUUUCUACGUUGUCCUGCCUUUCCUCAUUUUAAUUCCCAUCAUUGCUCUUAAAUGGAAUAAAAGGAAGAUAUUUUGGAGCAGAGAGGGUACAGUAAGUGGAGGAUCUCUAUCAGAAGACAGCAGUAGGAACAGCAACAGCAGCCUGUCUUACAGUUAA